CGCCCUGCCUUCCCCGCGUUGCGCGCCGAGGCUCCGCGCGGCCCGCGCAGCCGUCUCUCCUCUCGGAAGGCGAGGCCGAGCGUGGCGGCCAUGGAGGCGGCGACGCGGAGGCGCCAGCUCCCCGGAGCAGCAGGCGGCCCCGGUGUCGCGUUCGUGCAGGCCAGGCAUGGCUCUGUGAAGGCCGAGGACAAAGACCGCACAGCCCCCUUCCAUUUUGACCUCUGGUUCUACUUCACACUGCAGAACUGGGUUCUGGACUUUGGCCGCCCCAUUGCCAUGCUGGUAUUCCCGAUCCAGUGGUUUCCUCUCAACAAGCCGAGUGUUGGGGACUACUUUCACAUGACCUACAACGUCAUCACGCCCUUCCUGCUGCUAAAGCUUAUUGAGCGGUCCCCCCGAACGCUGCCUCGGUCUAUAGUCUAUGUCAGCAUCAUCACUUUCAUCAUGGGAGCCAGCAUCCACCUGGUGGGAGACUCAGUCAACCAUCGCCUGCUCUUCAGUGGGUACCAGCACCACCUGUCCGUCAGAGAGAACCCUAUUAUCAAGAACCUCAAGCCGGAGACUCUGAUCGACUCCUUUGAGCUGUUGUACUACUAUGACGAGUACCUGGGCCACUGCAUGUGGUACAUCCCCUUCUUCCUCAUCCUCUUCAUGUACUUCAGUGGCUGUUUCACCACCUGCAAGGCUGAGAGCCACAUGCCAGGACCUGCCCUGCUCCUGGUGGUGCCCAGUGGUCUGUACUACUGGUACCUGGUCACCGAGGGCCAGAUCUUCAUCCUCUUCAUCUUCACCUUCUUCGCCAUGCUGGCUCUCGUCUUGCACCAGAAGCGCAGGCGCCUCUUCCUGGACAGCAACGGCCUCUUCCUCUUGUAUUCCUUUGCGCUCACCCUCUUACUGGUGGCUCUGUGGGUGGCUUGGCUGUGGAAUGACCCUGUUCUCAGAAAGAAGUACCCUGGUGUCAUCUAUGUUCCUGAGCCCUGGGCCUUCUACACGCUCCACAUUAGCAGUCAACAGUGAGGCUUACUGGGGGCACCAGGCCAUGGUGUUUGUACAUGUGUGCAUGCAUGCACCGUGGUAAUGUGAACUAUGCACUGGGGGCAGGGAUGGGCAGAGUGUGUUGUUGAGAGACUCAACUGUUCUGGUCAGGUUCUGAGUUUGUUUUAUCUUUUCUUUUCCCCCCCUUUGGACUUAAGAUGGAAUUUAGUUUGGGGAAGUAUAUGAAGGCCAAGAUCCCGGCCCCUGCCCUCCCCUGUAUUUCAUUACUAUUAGAGGUGCCUGAAUAACACCCCUCUCUCUCAGGACUGGGCUGGCCUUAUGGAGAUAUCUUCUGGUGACAAGCGGGUGAGGGCUGCUCAGGGCAGAAGCAGGAGACUCUGCUACCUGUCCCUGGGCCCUAGGUUUCUGGGUCCCAACUUCUUUUGUGCUUUAAACAGAGCAGUUCCAUCUCUGGGCUUCUUUUGCUCUGGUGGGCUCCAUAGUUUGUGGCUCUGGGGACUGGUGGUUACUGAUUCCGUUAGGGAGCGGCAGCAAGGAAGAGUGGUUCUUUUACCGUGCCCCCACCCCCACCCUCAGCCCAGGGGUGUGUUUCUCCCAGCCUCUUGUCCAACUUCACACCCCAUUUAUAUACUGUUGAGAACCCAGUCUCCAGGGAGCCAGAGGCCCCACUCCCAGUCACUCUCAGCUAAGCUCUCGAAGCUGGCCUGGGUUCUGAGCUACAUGGAAGGCAGAGUUCUCAAGCCCUUGUUUUAUAGAUUCCCCAAAACCUGUUGUAAGGGUCUGAGACAAUACAAGUCAGACUCUUGAGACAGCACAUCUCAGCCUGAAUCUCUCACCACCUGCCUGGUGCCUUUGUUCCCAGCAUGGUGGCUCCUGCCUCUCCCCAGCCCACCUCCUCCCAGGCCUCAGAUAUAGGUCUCCUUGGCACAAGGCGCCACCACCUCAUUUGGCAGCCAGCACUGACUGACCUGUGCUGUGAGUCUUGGGGACACUCCAUGCAUGACCCUGCCUCUUUUCUGCUGCUCUCAGGGACUGUGCCUCAGCUUCCCCUUGUGGUCUUUCUGUGGGCUAGCCCAUGCUGGGGUAGGGGUGGUGACAGGGGUGAGAGGCUUGAAUAAAGGCUGUUUUGAAGCCCAGC